ACACGAUCUAUUGCUAUUACUUAUUUAUGUAUAAAAUUCUUAAGUUCCGAAGAUUUAAAAACUAGUGAAACUUCGAAAAAUAAAGAAAUGGAAGAAUCUUCAGAUGACAAAUUUGAAAGUGAAAAUGUAAGUGAAGAAAAUUUUAAUAACUAUUUGCAAGAAUGGUCUGAUAUAUUAGAAGAAGAAAGGCAACAAUUUGAGAAAGAUACUGAAGGAGAAUAUGCAAAUAAUGAUAAAUUUGCUAUAAAUAAUACUUAUUCUGCAAUUGAUGUCAAUGCGAAAUGGAAACUAUUUACUCUUUUUAAGCAAUUGGA